UCAAUAGGAUUGCUCAAAUCUUUAUUUAAGACCUUCGGGCCUCUCUUGUUGUUAAUUUAUUUUUCUUCCGAUUUUGUUAAUUUCCCGAAGAUGUUGCGAAUACUGGCAUUAGUGGCGUUUUUAUUCACGAUGACGAAGUCCUCACAGCAUUUUUCAUACGGCAACGCGCCCCUCUACCCCAUUCAUCCAAAGCUGAUCUCGCAGUCGGUGCAGCUGAAGGAAGUGCCCACCAAGAUCAUAAAAAUCACUAAGACAGUGGCAGUGAAGGUGCCGGUACCCUAUCCCGUCAAGGUACCACAUCAUAUACCGAUACCGGUACCAGUUCACCAUCCGGUCGCAGUACCAGUUCCGCAGAUAGUGAAAGUUCCGCAUCAUGUGCCAGUGGAGAUUGAGAAGCCGGUUCCCGUGGAGCUUCCUCAGCAGGUGCCGCUCUACCUAACCAAGCCGGUGCCGCUACCGCAUCCGGUUCCGGUGCCCCAGCCGAUCACCAUUAACAGGCCAGUUUACUAUCCAGUGCCGCACGCCGUUCCUUACUCCUCUCACAAUGGGCACGAGGUACACGAACAGCCGCAGUACGAGGUUCACGCAAGCCUCUUCACCAGGACAUCGGACUUUGAUUCGAAGGAGGAGAACGAAGGCAACGCGAAGGAAGGGAAGACAGAGAGCCAGGAGUCCACUGCAAGCCAAUACAACUUCGAUUACUUCCGGCCUUCGCAGCCUGACUAUUCCUCCGAGCACUGA